CUGCUUCCUGUCGCACGAAACUUGGGCAAAAGCAGACCGAACGCUACUGGCCGCACUUCAAAGUUGAGAGCUAGAUAAGAAACCUACGUCCCAUGUGGGCUUUCAGUAUCCACCCAAUAUUCACUCUUUCUUUCCCUUUUGUGAGGUUCUUUGUGAUUAUUAGAGCGGCAAAAAAAGGGAAAACAGAGCACCACGAGUCAGCUAAAGUUUGAAAUUUUUUCGUUUUCGGAUUCAUUGAACAUUGAACUCUUUUAGUGAGUUCAAUCAUUCUUGCGAUGAUUGUCUGCUUCCGGACCCUCUCUUCCCCGAGAUAUUGAGAAAUUUUUUUUUUGUCCCCAUUCAUUUUCUUGUGACUAUAAGUUUUGGUGAUAAAUUGCGGAGAUUUGAUUUAUCUCGGUUCGCUGAGGAUGAUGUCAAUGACAUGCCGUAACCUCCUGGACUUGGUUGCUUGUGGGUGUUCUUCAAAUGCUUCAUUCGACAGGUCGUCAGUGAGAAAGUAUGCGAACGCCGAUACGAGGAGCAGGAAUUGCGGAGACUUCGCCGCUCGGAGGUUGUUUUGCUUCCGUCGAGAUAUUGCCUCGUGUCGGGUUUCUUCAACCAAGGCCCCCAAUACUCUUCUUGAUGAUUCAGGUAUUGCUCAAAGUCCUUCGCAAGUGUUGGAUUUGAAGGAAGAGCCAAGAGGCCCCAUAUUACUCUCAAAUUCGUUUGAAGUUGUUGCUGAUGACUUGCAGACACUGAAUCAAAAUCUUCGAACGAUUGUAGGUGCAGAUAAUCCAGUUUUAAUGUCUGCUGCUGAUCAAAUAUUUGGGGCUGGUGGGAAGAGGAUGAGACCUGCUUUGGUCUUCCUUGUCUCUAGAGCCACAGCAGAAAUAAUGGGUCUGAAAGAACUUACGAGAGAGCACAGGCGUCUAGCAGAGAUAAUAGAGAUGAUCCAUACUGCAAGCUUGAUACAUGAUGAUGUGUUAGAUGACAGUGAUAUGCGAAGAGGGAAGGAAGCGGUUCACCAGCUUUACGGAACAAGGGUGGCAGUACUGGCCGGGGACUUCAUGUUUGCACAGUCAUCAUGGUAUCUUGCAAAUCUUGAGAAUCUCGAAGUCAUCAAACUCAUUAGCCAGGUUAUUAAGGAUUUUGCAAGUGGUGAAAUAAAGCAGGCAUCGAGCUUGUUCGACUGCGACACGCAUCUCGAAGAGUAUCUUAUCAAAAGCUACUAUAAGACAGCUUCCUUAAUUGCUGCCAGCACCAAGGGAGCUGCCAUUUUCAGUGGGGUGGAUAGCAACAUUACGGGGCAAAUGUAUGAAUACGGGAAGAACCUGGGCCUUUCAUUCCAAGUGGUCGAUGACAUAUUGGAUUUUACACAGUCGGCCGAGCAAUUGGGCAAACCGGCUGGAAGCGAUCUCGUGAAAGGAAACUUAACCGCGCCGGUUAUUUUCACUCUAGAGACGGAGCCAAAACUUAGAGAAAUCAUCGAAUCAGAGUUCUGCGAAACAGGUUCUCUUGACGAAGCGAUUCAGUUGGUCAAAAGCUGCGGCGGCAUAGAAAGAGCUCAACAAUUAGCAAAAGAAAAGGCUGAUCUCGCAGUCCAGAAUCUAAGAUGCCUUCCUCAAAGCGCCUUCAGGUUAGCCCUUGAGGACAUGGUGAUGUAUAAUCUCGAAAGGAUAGAUUAGCUGCCUAUGCCUAUAGGCCGAGCAAGCAAUUCUUUGGCUUACGUGAAGGUUGAAGGUUGAAGAUUGAAGCCUGCCAGUGAAACCGGCAUUUCCGGUGCAUCAAUAAGCAGGAGGACGAAAUGAGGGAAAGAUGCUGGUGGAUGGUUGUAUAUGUACAUGCAUGAUAGGCAUUGAGCUAUGACUUUUAGCUCUAAACAUUGUUCGUUCAAUUACAAUUUUCUCCUCAAAAGGAGGAUUAACAUUCGAAUACCGUUGUAUGAUAGAGUUCCAACAGGAUCAAUAAUGUAAUGCUGUAUAAUUCUUUUUCAUGAACUCACCAUGCAAAGCAAGCUAUUCACCUUUUCCUCUUUGGGGGUAA